AGAGUCCAGAGGCAACUCCAGGGAUUCAGGGGAAAGGAGGAGGUCCCCACCUCUUUAUUGUUUAAUCCCUCUCCCCCAACUGCCAACCCCGGCGAGGGCCAUCCUAUGCACGCCUGAAACCCCUUUCUCUCUAUCUCUGAUCACUGGGCUCAGACAAUUACGUCCACUGAUUGAUUCAUUCAUUCCCUCUGUCAUCGCUCUAUUCUCUCUAUCUAUGCAUGUCAUCAAACGCCCACUUCAUUUGUGGACUUUAACCUUUUGUUUUGUUCCCUCCCUUCUUUGGUUGUUGUUGUUGGUUACCACUUUUCCAAGAAUUUAUCUCUUCUGUCUUAAAGUCUCUCUUUAUCUCUCGAGAGAUCUUAUUAAGUUUUUCAUUUUUCCAUCUUUAAUCUUUUGUCCAGCUUUUGGAAUUGAAAUUUUCUUUUCUGCUUUUGUGGUUACUAUAUAUGGACCUUUCUGCAGAAAGUUUUGGAGUUGCUCCUAGAAGGAAUAUGGGGAUGCUGGAGGAGAUGCCUCUUUCUUUGGAUCCAGAAGAUGUCAUAGCUGAAUUUGAGGCAAUGACUAGAGAUGCUGGGAGGGUUCAGAUAGAAACACUGAAGAAAAUUCUUGAAGAAAAUGGUCGAACAGAGUAUUUGCAGAGAUGGGGUCUCGAUGGAAGAACUGAUCCUGAGAGUUACAAAUCUUGCGUUCCUCUUGUCACUCAUGAGGAUUUGGAGCCUUACAUCAAUAGGAUUGUUGACGGUGAUGAUUCUUCAAUUCUUACCGGAAACCCAAUAACAACCAUCUCCUUAAGCUCCGGUACUACUCGUGGGAUGCCCAAGUUUGUCCCUUUCAAUGAUGAACUGAUGGAAUCCACCAUGCAGAUAUACAAAACUUCCUAUUCCUUUAGGAACAGGGAAUUCCCAAUUGGCAAUGGGAAAUGUUUGCAGCUCAUCUAUGGUAGCAGGCAGUUUAAAACGAAAGGAGGUUUGGCAGCAGGGACUGCCACCACUAAUGUAUACCGCAACCCAUUGUUCAAGAGAACAAUGAAGGCUAUGCAUAGCCCAUGUUGCAGCCCUGAAGAAGUGAUUUUUGGUCCGGAUUUCCACCAAUCAUUAUACUGCCAUCUGUUAUGUGGACUCAUCCAGCGUGAAGAAGUUCAAGUAAUUUCCUCUACAUUUGCUCACAGCAUUGUGUUUGCGUUCCGAACAUUCGAGCAGGACUGGGAGGAGUUGUGUACUGAUAUCAGGGAGGGAGUGUUAAGCAGCCGAAUUUCUGUCCCAUCAGUUAGAACGGCAAUGUCAAAAUUGCUCAAGCCAAAUCCUGAGUUGGCUGAUUUAAUCCAUAACAAGUGUCAGGGAUUGAGCAAUUGGUACGGAUUGAUCCCAGAGCUAUUUCCUAACACCAGGUACAUAUAUGGGAUAAUGACAGGUUCCAUGGAGCCGUAUUUGAAAAAAUUGAGGCAUUAUGCAGGAGAGCUACCAUUGCUAAGUGCAGAUUAUGGGUCUUCUGAAGGAUGGAUUGGAGUGAACGUCAAUCCAAAAUUGCCCCCUGAGAUGGCCACUUUUGCUGUUCUUCCAAAUAUUGGUUAUUUUGAGUUUAUUCCUCUGAGGCAAAGUCUCGAUGGCCUAGAAGCCAAGCCUGUUGGUCUCGCUGAAGUUAAAGCUGGUGAAGAGUAUGAAGUUAUCGUUACAAGUUUUGCAGGGCUGUACCGUUACAGGCUAGGGGAUGUGGUGAAGGUAAAAGGGUUCCACAACUCCACCCCAGAACUGCAGUUUAUUUGCAGGAGAAAUCUCUUGCUGACAAUCAACAUAGACAAGAAUACCGAGAAAGAUUUACAGCUAGCGGUUGAAGCUGCAGCCAAGGUUCUAGCAGAAAACAGGCUAGAAGUGGUUGACUUCACCAGCCGAAUUGAUUCGUCAACUGAACCGGGGCACUACGUCAUAUUCUGGGAAAUAAGUGGGGAAGCAAGCGACGAGGUUCUAGAGGAAUGCUGCAAUUGUCUGGAUAAAUCAUUUCUUGAUGCUGGAUACCUAAGCUCCCGCAAAGUUAAAGCAAUCGGUGCCCUUGAGCUCAGAAUUGUGAAGAGAGGAACCUUCCACAAGAUACUGGAUCAUUACGUGGGGUUAGGGGCUGCUGUGAGUCAAUUCAAGACCCCGCGAUGUGUCGGCCCCACCAAUAACAAAGUGCUGCAAAUACUGUGUAAUAACGUUGUUAAGAGCUACUCUAGUACUGCCUUUUAGUUUGAAUCUGUCAAUUACGGCCAGCCAGACCUGAUUAUAUGUAGUACAAACUGUAACUGAAACUGUAAGAGGGGGAGAGACAGAGUGUGUGUCAUAAGAAGUUAGUAAUGCCGUCGUCGGUCGUGUUACUCAUUUCUGUUGGGCAUCAACGGGGUUACUCAAUAAAAUGCUUCCAAGUUGUACAAA